AUGCAGCAUCAUUUAAUAAAAUACCUGACGGAGCAGCGAAAAUGGAUUCGCCGCGGGUAUCCAGCCAUAGGAGACGGGCAAAGGGCGAGCAGGAGUAGGUCCCCGGAGCUCCAGCUAUUGGCCUCACCGCUGGUGUCGCCCGCGGGAUCCACGGGACCGACGAUGUCCCCGGUGGUAUCGACGGGGUACACCGAUGAGGGAAGCGAUCUGGAGUUGGUGAGCUGGGAGCCGGCACCUCGGAGGAAACGCGCACACGAGGCGAAGCGCGAGGAGCCCCCGACCAACCGACGAGAGGAGCCCCGGAACAGCAGACGCAAGGAGCCCAGCGCCAGCAAGCGCGAGGAGCCCCGCGCCGAGGAGCGCGAAGAGCACCGGGCCAGUAGGCGCAAGGGGCCUCGCGUCAGCAAGCGCGAGGAGCCCCACACCGUCAACCGCGAGGAGUCCCGGACCAGCAAGCGCGAGGAGCGGCCUGAGAGAGGACAGAGGGGGCACACAACGCGGAAGGAGGAGCCCAGGGAGAGGGUCUCGAAGCGGGCGUCCACCCAGUCGACGCGUGCGCCCAGGGAAGAGGCGUCGUCGGCGCGCACAAGGGGGAGCGGAGGAGCAGAGGCAACGGCGGGUGUGGGAGGACGCCCUGGCGCUGGCGAAGAGGCUCAAGGCCGCGCAGGAGGCCGAGAAGGAGGCGCGAGAAGCGGAGGCGGAGCGCCACCAACGAGACGUCGCGCACCAAUGGAGGUGCAUUAG